GAUACCUGUCCUAUGCUGCAAGGCGCAAAAGAACAAGAGAGCGAUUGAUUCCCGAUGCUUUUCUUGGUGCUAGAGCAAAGAACAACAACGCACAUCUCCUUCACUUCCUUCCUUGGUUGAGUGAGCUUGAGCUAGUUAGCUUCAUUUUCUUACCGUUCCAACGAAUACCAGGGGGUUGAGUGAGCGAGGAUGGGUGCAGAAGGUGGUUCGUCGGCGGCGGCGUCAAGAUGCAGGAGCACGGGGGCGACGAUGUCGGUGGCGCCGGCGAGCGACGGCAACGGCGCCUCUUGCUGCUGCUGCUGCAUCAACAUCUACGUGAACAACAACGUGCAGGGCGUCACCAACUCGGUGCUCUUCGGGAGCAGCGUGGUCAUGAGAGACCCCGGAGCUCGCGUCGUCCCGUCCCGCCGUCCGCCGCGCUCUGCUCGUGUUUUCCGCGGAAAGCAGAGGCGGCAACAGAAGAAAAAGAAGAUGAUGAGGACGACUGUGUGGGCUGCUGCUAUGGUUUGCCUGGCGGCCCUCGCCGUCAUUCUUCUUCUGCUGAGCGUGAAGCGUACGUAAAUACAGCUGAGUUGAUUUCAGCUUUUUGUAGAUGAUAAGAGUUAAAUUCAGGUUUGCAUAUGCGUGUGUGGUUCUCCAAAGUGGAAAAAGGAAACACCGCCCCACCACGAUUUUUUCUGUCCUUUCCGGUUUCGUUUAAGGAAAAUGAUUGCAUCCGGCGCCGGCCGAAUCGUUCCACCGGUCGCGCGCUUUGCUAGUAAGGGCAUGCAACUUUUAUUUCAUGUAAAUUUGCUACAACUAGUAUUUAAAUUUGUUACUAGCGUUUUUCAUUU